AUGGAUCACCAGGGCCAGCGCGGUCGCUCACCGUCUGCGGGGCAUCAACAGCCUCAUAUAAGACACCCGUCGCAUUCUCCAUCUCCGAAUCCGUUCCAGCCCAACACCGAAGCAGCUUCAAUUGGUCUCGGUCUCGGCUUGGAUCAGUCUGCUACCCAAGCCUUCAACGGAGCCUCCUCCGCCGACUUCUCUAGCUUUAAUAACAACACCAACUUCCUCAACGGUCCGCAGCCCGGCCAGCAGUCGUAUAAUCAACCGGGCGCGAACUUCACCGGCCAGGGCCAGCCCAACUUCCUUGACCCCAACUUUCCCUCGGGCGACUUCGCAUUGUUUCCCAACGCCGCCCAGGGUGAUUCGCAGUUCAGUACCGGAGUCUUCGAACAGAGCCUCAACUCUGAAAUGAACACCAUGGCUAUGCCUCAGAGCCACCACUCUUCCACUCCCCCGCACCUCCUGAACCCGGAUCCCCACCAGACACCAUCCGCGCGUCAGUCUCCCGCCUUCACCCAGCACCAGUUCUCCUCUCCGCCAUCGGGUCAUUCUAGGCAUGCUUCGCUUGGUCCCGAGGCAGCGCUGCUGCCGAACCAGCUGAAUGAAUGGAGCCAGCCCCAGUUCCAACGCCAUAGGAGAUCCCCUUCCGAGUACUCGGACGUUUCGUCGGCUGCCCCGUCACCGAACCUCGUCAGCGCCGAUAGCUUCGACGGCCUUGACCAACGCCAUUCCCCGAUGCAGCGGCCUUCGGACUCUGGCCUUUACCAGCAGAUUGGCUUUGACAACUUCACCAUCUCGGACCCCGCCCUCAACAGCCCCAACCUGCAAGGCCGGAGCCCCUCGCACAGUCCGGCCAUCUCCCCGCGCAUUCUUCCCCAGUCGAUGCCCGAGCUGAAUCAACAGCAAAACUUUGGUAUCGGGAAUCAGAGUGCCGGCUUCGUCGGUAGUAAUGGCUACACCGGGCAGGAAGCAUUCCCGACGCUGCAACAACCCGAGAUGCCCCAGGUGGCACCGGCCAUCAACAUUGAGUUCGCGCCUACAGCAAGACAGAACAGCUUUGAGCCUCCCAAGAACCAGAUGGAUCAGGAUUCUCUGACCCCUCCCGAGCGAGGCCGUCCUCGGUCCCGGCCACGCGCAGUGACGGACCCCUUCAACACUUCCGUUGGAGGCAUGGCGCGCCAGAGCUCGGUGGGUGGCUUGUCGCCCCAUCUGGGGUCUGACCUCUCUGGCCGCGACUCGUCCCGAUCCCUCUCACCGCUCGACCGAGGAGCCACAAGUCCCAAUCGCAGACGACAGUCGACCUCGGCCGUGCCGAAUAACGUGAUUGCGCUUAGGCUGGCGGACCCCGAGUAUCAGAGCUCCCAGGACAACGGCAACGCGAAACGUGUACAGAAACAUCCGGCUACGUUCCAGUGCACUCUUUGCCCCAAACGCUUUACUAGAGCCUACAACCUACGAUCCCAUUUGCGAACCCACACCGACGAGCGGCCCUUCGUUUGCACAGUGUGUGGUAAGGCGUUCGCUCGUCAACACGACCGAAAGAGGCACGAGGGUCUGCACUCGGGCGAGAAGAAGUUUGUGUGCAAGGGAGACCUCAAGGCGGGCGGCCAAUGGGGUUGCGGCCGGAGGUUCGCGCGUGCCGAUGCGCUUGGUCGACAUUUCCGGUCGGAGGCGGGGCGCAUCUGCAUCAAGCCCCUAUUGGACGAAGAAAUGCUCGACAGGCAACGUGCCUGGCAGGAGCAGCGGAUGCAACAACAAAACAUGCAAAACAUGGCGGCCCAGGGCGCUAUGGGCAUGGAACCGGGCUACCCCAUGGACGCCAGCGGGCAGUACAUGUUGCCGGCUGCUCUGCUUGCUCAAUACCCGGCACUGGCUCAGAUGAACUGGUCGGCGCAGGACCCGAGCAGCGGUCUCGACGACGACAUAUCAGGCCGGUCGUCUUUCGAUGCUAGUGACUACGAAGGCGAUGACGGUGGUUAUGUCAGUGGACCCGGUACAGGAUUUGGUGAAGGGGGCAUGGGCCAGAACUUUGGCGAAGUUGGUUAUGCCAGUGACUAUGGUGGCCGUUAG